AUGGAUCUGCUCGAGAAUCUUCCCCGCCCUAUCGACGAUGCAGAACCAGGGGCAUAUGCCACACGCUAUACAUCAGAUGACGAGAACGCCUAUGCUCACGUAGCUGUGCAUUCCGAGCAUGAAGGCCUGAGACUCAUCUUCGAAUGGGACGAUAGCGAUGGAUGGAAAUAUCAUAACGCCGCUAUGAUGCCCUUCCCUUCCGGCAGUUGUCUAGAUGUGCAACCGGCUCUUGAAGGGUCGGGGAAACACUCGCAGCACUUGCCGACAUUGAAUCAUGGUAGUGCGCAGCUGGAGAACUUUGACGAGGCGGACAGCGACGACGACUACUGGAAUGCAUACGGAUCUCAGGAUGACCGCGCGUCGUUUGACGACGGAAGACAUACAGCAGGGAAGGACGUGGAUGGAGCGACGGAAGACGCCUACUGGGCCCGCUAUUCUUCCGUACACGGAACCGCAGAUUCCACGCAGCCUUCACCCCCUCCUCAACCGAAGCGCAGGCUUCAUUCCGUCUAUUCGCCUGCUGGCGACGGAACUCACUCGCCGAGACCCCUUCCAGUUCCUACUCGCUCGUACCAUGGGCUUGAAGAUGCCCUCCCGAUCCUUCCCUCUGCUAUUCGCCAGCCAGAUCUACACUCCAAGUGGGAUCCCGCCUCUCCCAGGGCGCUCGCGCAGCGCCUAGCAAAUGUCUCGGCCAGGCCAAGUCCGUGGCCGAGCCGAGCUCGUACCCCAGAUGCAGUUGUUGAGCCUCUCGGCUCUGACAACGCAUCGUCCACUGUAGGUGGCAGUGAAGGCAGCGCCGCCUCUGCCAGUUUACAGGGCCCCCAGGGAACGUCGGCCCCCCGUGCUGACGGCCAGCAACUACAGCAAGCGGCGUUCCGUGAAUCAGAACUGGAUUUGUCUGACAGGGGCGAAGAAGGAAUGCAUGAGGCGAUUGUGUCACUACAAGAGGGAAUCCAGGGGAUAUGGAAGCUAUGGAGGGCCAGCAGGCCUGGCUCUGCAGGUUUCUCAGAAGUCAACGAUAAAGAUAUCUUCGUAGAAGCAAGGACGGUUGCGAGAAAUAACGAGCUUGAGACUAGGGUCGAAGAACUUGAAAGAGAACUUUCUGUAUGGAAGGCGGCCUUGAAGACCGCGGACGAGGACAAGAAGACCUUGAGCAAGACUGUUGUGCAGCUCGAGCGGAGCAUUGGAUCGCUGCGAGAUGAUAACCCACUCAUCCUUUGCCUUAUUGACGGGGAUGGCAACAUCUUCUCUUCUGAACUUCUAAGUACGGGUCAGGCCGGGGGCCGCCAGGCCGCCAUGCUCCUCACGAAGGGCCUCACGGAUCACCUCGCGAGUACUGACUCGCUGGAUGCUGCGCUACCAGGGCGCGGACAGUUAUGGCUUACCAUCUACUGCAAUAAGAGCGGGCUUGUGGAAACAUUGACUCACAACAAUGUCUGCACUGCAGAGCAGUUCGACGCGUUCUGUGCCGGUUUCAAUCAAGCAUCACCUUUGUUCUCGAUCGUCGACGUCGGUAAUGGCAAGGAAGCGGCAGAUGCGAAAAUCAAAGAAUGCCUGCGGGUCUUCACACGCUUUCCUCAGACGUCAAAAGUAUUCUUUGGGGGUGCACAUGAUAACGGUUACACAUCUACCUUGACCUACCUGCAGAACGAGGGCCUCCUCGACAAGAUAAUCCUCCUUCGAGGAUACAAAGAUCUCGCGUACGAGAUCAAAGGCCUAGAGCUACCGCAUCUCGAUAUCCAAGGUCUCUUCAUGACAAAGAGGCUGCAGACACAUUCGUCCAAAAAGAACAAUGUUCCUAACCAGGCUGCCCCGCCAACACCACAACAUGAUACUGACAAAACUCGUGGCAAAGCACCCACUCCCCCAAGUCGCAACAGCGCAAGUCCGGUCACGAAGUCAAAGCAGGUUGAACCCGAUCAGCUGCGAAAAACUGGCCUUGUCCAUUCUUGCAUUGUACCUUCCUUCGUCAUUCUGCCUAGGGUCUCGUUGAACAUGGAAUUCGAGCUUCCGGAAGUUGAGGAGGUCUCCGACUAUGAGGAGCAGUGCUCCUUAACUAGAGCGCGCAACAAGACAUUUCUAGAGUCUUUGAACUUGGAUGCCCCCGCUUUCGUGCCCAAGGUUGCCAAGAAGCCACGCGCCCCCAGAAAGCGCAAGGUGUCUGCGCUGCACAGCCCUGAACCUCAACGGAAAUCCAAGGUUGCACGCGUGGAAUCCUCUGAAGAUGGGAGCGCAAAUACGGGACUACGGAGAAGUGGAAGGAAUCAGGGCAAGAAGGUAGACUAUGCCAGCGACAAUAUUGGACAUGCAAUGCCUCGUCUAGCUAGUGUUCAAGCGGGCCUGAGGGAGAUGGUGACAGAGCCUAGGAGCCUCAACAAGAGGAUGCACGAUCCGAAAACCUUCGGCACAAUCCCAGGGGUUCCUGUCGGGUCAUGGUGGCUUACUCGCGAGGAAUGUAGCGCGGAUGCCAUUCAUGCACCGUGGGUUGCGGGCAUAUCUGGUGGUCCCGACGGUGCAUACUCUAUCGCACUGUCAGGUGGAUAUGAGGAUGACGUUGACCUCGGCGAAGCAUUCACAUAUACCGGCGCAGGCGGACGUGACCUCAAGGGUACUAAGACAAACCCGAAGAAUGUAGGGUCCCGCUUAAUUGUCAUAGGUUCUUGA